UUCAUUGCAAUAAUUCCGCUGUUGGACUCUGGCUUCAGAAUUUUGUGAAAAAUAUGUCGGCCUCUGGGAAUGUCUCACCUACCAAUAUUAUUACUGUGUGAGAGGAGCACAUGAUUCUAUUGAGAUUGCAUUCAUGUGGCUAUACUCCCACAUUGCAGCUGUUGGAGCUAAGUUAGAAAGCCCGGCAGCUUGUAGAACCGGCUAGCACCGUUAGCUACCUGUGGUUAAAUAUCGUCAGUCGGAUAGGCGGCUAGCUCGCUAGCUAACCCCGUAAAACAGCCCGGUAGUGGGACAGCCAGCCACCGUGACGAGUGGACGUGGAUAUGUGGAUAAUAGUGGAUGGAAGGACCUGUCUCCCAGGAGGAAAUAGCGUGACCGAGGCGGAGACGUCCCAUUCACCGGGCCGCCGUUAAAGCAGGUGCAGCAUCUUGACCAACUAUCGGACUGGAUUCGCUUUUUUGUGACCGAGGACAACCUGUAGAGUUCUGCUGUUCAAUUCACACCACUCACUUUUGAUCCAUAAGCGAGGAGGCCAAGAGGAAGAGAAAAUGUGCUUCCAUCCUGUUUUGAGGUUAGAGAAUGGCACUUCAAACCUGAAAACCUCAAGAUACAACUGGCUUUUGGAGUCUUCGUUUUCCACAUACGAAAGCUUUUUGCUUUUUUGUUGAGGCUGUGUUUGGGACGUUGCUCUGGAGAGGGUGUAUCCCACGAAGGGGUCGCUGUGGGAGGGUGUUAGCCAAGCCUGAGUGCUCUCUGCUGGGAAAGGAAGUCAGAAGGAAGUCCCUGGAGAAGACGGCAAACAAGAAAUAACUAGCAUAACUAGGAGGCAUGGCUGUCCACUAGGAAGUAUCAUUCUCUGGUCACACCGAACCCUUAGUGCUCCAGUUCAGAGCAGUAGCUGUUCCUGAACAACUUCAUGUACAUGGAUACUAAUGGAUAGUCCACUGGAUUAUCACCUAGACACAAUCACUGCCUGCUUUUUGUCUUCUUAUCAUGUCCACGGUGCUGCUGGCAGGUGAGGUGGUUUAGAUCUGCCACCAGCUGGGCUUAGGGAUGCCCCGACACAAGAAAACCAGGCUGCUCCACUGGCCCGCUUACAGACUGCUGCUUCUAAUACCAGCCCUGAACUGAAAAACAACUGUCUCCUCCUCUAACAGUGAGUAAGGGGUUAACUUUUUUUAUUUGCAAGACUUUUUUCAGCCGGCUACCACUACGCUAGGUUACGAGUGCUGAAAACCUUCUAUUGGAAUGGACUUUUUGUUAAUGCAGACUUCAGCACUACACCUGCACUAAGCUGAGGAAAACUACCGAAGAAGGAAAACAGAAAUCAUAUCAUCUCAGGCCUUUUUUCUUUCAAGCUUUACUCUUUUUUUCCUCUGUCUUUCUUUUGUUAUUUUACUUUGUCCAUUUCAUACCAAAACAUUUCUACCUAUGCCUGCUCUCGUACCGUAAAAUCCAACCAUCAGACUAAAAUACUUCACGUCUGAGGCACUUUAGCAGAACGUUCCUCUCAGUUUUCACAGCACCAAAACACUAAAGAACUUGAUUAUUGUGUUUUUAACCAAAAAGGGUCCACUAUUAUGUUCUUGGAUUGGUUCGCCUAUUUGCACAGCAAGCUAAUUUACUCCUUUUAGACUGAUUUUACUGGACCCAAUGAAGUAAUCACUUUCUGUUUGCCUGUAAUUAACUGACUGUGUUGGUGAACACAGUGGAAUAAGCGGUAACAGUCACUCAAACACGUUUGUCUUCACAAUCAGGGGCCGUCUUGUUCAGUCGGCCUUCCCAACUGAAGGAAACGAGGCUUUUUCAUCAGAGAGAAACCGACCGUUCACUCCCUCUCUCGUCUAAAUGUUCAAGCCGAGCGUUUCCCUCUUUGCCACCUCAGAGACAAAACCCUCUGCGACUGUUUAGCCAUCUCUUUUAUAGCUCUCCUUUCCCUUGGUUUCCUUUUUAGCCAAACUGCCAUUUCGACUUCCUCACUAUCAAUCCACCUAGAGGAGCAUUUAUCUCUGGAUCACCCAUCGUCUUUGGCAUAGCGUUUUGGUGGACGUGAUGACAGGCGGUAGCAGUAAGAGCGGAGGUCGGGGUCCAUCCUUGUCACCCCUGCCUCACGCCGUGGUCCCUCCCAGCAGACCCUUACGACCGUCCCGCUACGUUCCGGUGUCUGCAGCCACGUUCUUCCUCGUUGGGUCCACCACGCUCUUCUUCUGCUUCACAUGUCCGUGGCUCUCAGAGCGUUUCUCGGUAGCUGUGCCCAUCUACAAUGGAGUCAUCUUCCUGUUUGUUCUGGCUAACUUCUGCAUGGCCACAUUCAUGGACCCCGGGAUCUUCCCCAGAGCUGAGGAGGACGAGGACAAAGAGGACGAUUUCCGUGCUCCUCUUUACAAGACUGUGGAGAUCCGAGGGAUCCAGGUCAGGAUGAAAUGGUGCUCGACCUGCCGCUUCUACCGGCCACCGCGGUGCUCCCACUGCUCCGUGUGCGACAACUGUGUCGAGGACUUCGACCACCACUGUCCGUGGGUGAACAACUGCAUCGGCAGGCGAAACUACCGCUACUUCUUCCUCUUCCUGCUUUCGCUUACGGCUCACAUCAUGGCCGUGUUUGGUUUCGGCCUGCUCUUCAUCCUCUAUCACCGGCAGAACAUCGACCGCCUGCACGCCAUCGUCACGCUGGCUGUAAUGUGUGUUGCAGGCCUGUUCUUCAUUCCUGUUGCUGGCCUUACUGGUUUCCACAUAGUGCUUGUGGCCAGAGGCAGGACAACCAAUGAACAGGUAACAGGAAAGUUCAGAGGAGGUGUGAAUCCUUUCACCAACGGCUGCUGGAAGAAUGUCUCCCACGUCCUCUGCAGCUCACAGGCGCCCAGGUAUCUGGGCAGGAAGAAGUGUGUGCAGAGCGUGUUCGUUCAGCCUCCCUUUCUGCGGCCACAGCUGACGGAGGCCCAGCUGGCUGCAAAGAUCCUGGACAACGGUAUCCAGGGAGACCUGCACAGGUCCAAGUCCAGUCUGGAGAUGAUGGAGAGCCAGUCGUGUGACGCUGAGCCUCCUCCUCCUCCUAAACCGGAGCUCCGCUACCCUGGAAUCACCAGAGGAAACACAGAGGACUGCAGUCUACUGAACAAAGCCCCUCCCACCCCCACCAUGUACAAAUACAGGCCCACCUACAGCCCCAGCAAGAACCACACAGCGUUCACACAUGCUUAUGCCAACCAGUUGAGUCGAGGGGAGAGUGUUGGCAGUGCCAGGGACUCCUCCUCUUCCACAUCCUCCCUCCUCCAGGCAAGUCAGCAGCCUGGUUUCCGCUCUCAGCCCAGCCUGGACCAGAGAGACGCUUCAUCUGACCAAGGGGGAGAAGAAGGAGGAGGGGAGAGGAGAGAGGGAGCCAGAGAGGUGGCAGGAGGGGGCAUUCCUGGGUACUCCCUCGGCGGCCGCUCAUACCCCUCCUUCUCCGACCCUACUGUUCUGGCAGGAGUGGCAUCACGGUCUUCCAGCUCCAUGCACACCUCUGCAGGCGCCGCCCAAGUCUCUGAGGCGACCACCACCUCGGCCAGCUUCAAGAGCUUAGCCAAUCAGACGCCCCCACCUCACCACCCGUCUCGCAAUGGGAGCCUGUCUUAUGACAGCUUGCUGGCAGGCGGUGAUGAUUUUGACAAAGAGGUGGUGGCGGGUUCGGGGGUCCCUGAGGUUUCCGCUGGGAGACCCUGCACACCCGCUGUUGGCUACAGCUCCCCCUUCCUGUCAUCGCAGCAGAGAGAUCCUGAGAUGCCCUCCCUGUCCUCCCAGUCACCCCAUCAUCACCACCGAACCGCCUACCACCACCCAUUCCUCCACCGCUCUUCCUCCUCCUCCACAUCCUCCUCCCCACCCCCACCCCCAGAGAGAGAGCGGCUGCUGGCCGAGCCCCAUGCUGGUGCUCAUGCCCUGCCUGCCGGUCAGACUGCCGGUAGCCUCUCCUCCUCCGCCCAACCUCCUCCACACCAUCAUCAUCACCACCAUCACCACCACCACCACUCCCAUCACCACCACCAUCACUCCUCCUCUACCUCCCGCCCUCCACGUUUUACCGGCCCUCAUGCCCCGCCCCACCACGCCUACCCCUACCGCACCCGCUCCACUGAUACCCCUCUGGGCUCCUCCUCCACUUCUACAACCCACCCGUCUCGCUCCCCGUAUCCCCCGCCUCUUGGGAAGUCGCUCUCUUACUCAAGUGCCGCCGCUGCUGAGAUGCAGUACCGACUGGUCCGCAAGGCUUCUGCGUCAGCCGGAGCAAAUGCAGCAGGGGUAGGAGGAGGAGGAGGAAGUGGAGGGAUGGUAGGAGGAGGAAUACAAACGCCGAAGGAUGAUCUGAUCCAGAUGAAACCCCUAAGUCGGACCAAUGGCGACCAGCCCUUGUCAUCCACGUCCUCCUGCUCCGCCCCUUCCUCUCCCUCUCACCCAGUCGGUGGGUCUGCCCAGCCUGGAGUGGCCUAUCUCAACACAGUGUUGACACUGAGUCCCCCUCACAAGCCCCAGGGUGUCGAGGUGAAGAAGGUGACGGGUGUCGGGGGCACCACCUAUGAGAUAUCUGUCUAAAAUGCAGCCAGCCUCCAGUCCAAGCAUCAGUGAGAUGAAGCGGAGAUACUACUGUCUUCUGCCUUUUAGAGAGAGCUCUUGAUUCAACGUGAUACAAGAAACCACCUGCCUACUGCAUGACGUGGACAUGUACCGUUGAGUGGAACCGCUUUGUCUGUCUCACUAGUUAUUGACUGUUUGACAGUGGAUAUAAACUGCCCUGCACAGAAACUCUGUUGGUGAAAUGAGAAGAAGACCUGGACUGUCAUUGGACUGUAAAAGACUACUUUUUUGGAUCUCAUCGGACCAAACAUGAGCCAUUUGGCUUAUUUCUGUAGGUUGUGUCUUCACUGUAGCUCAGUAGGUAGUGCAAGGCAUUAGCAGUGUUCCAUUAGACAAGUAUAGUAGCGAAAGGAAUUACCACUGCCAGGUUUAGGGGCUGGAUCCCACUGGUGCCACCACCAACAUCUGGAAUGGAGUUUGAGGUCUGUAUUUUUUACAAAAGUUAAUGUGCAAUUUUGAACCAAGCUAGGUUAAUUUAGCAAAAUUUGGCAUCUUAUACUUGGUUAUUUCACCAUUUUCAUGCUCACAUCCAUGAUCACAACACACACUGAUGAUGACAGUAGUAAGGUGUGGUCCAUGGAACACAGUCAAAGCAGAAUCCAAGAAUCCGACAACAGACGAGUUCAGUGGCAACUUAGUGUGAUCAGACAGACUCAAGUAAUAUCAGAUUACGUCAAAGUUGGUGUUUAAUAGAAGUUCUGGCCCCAGGUGUCAGUGAAAGCAUCCACCAAAUGAUGCAUGCUGUGGUUGUAUUGGACCAUCUAAAUUUUAUUUAAUUGAUAUAGCUCAGAUUCACAACUUGUCAUCUCACAGCUCUUAGCAUAGUAAGUACAGACCUUACCAAUUAUAAACAGACAACAGAAAACCCCAAAAUCCAAAGUAGCCUUUGGAUUCCCUUGGAGCAACAGUGGGAAGGAAUGAAAUAACUCCUAGAAUGAGGAGGGGAGAAAUAAACCUCAGACGGAACCAGGCUCAUGGAAGGCGACUAUCAGCCUCGACCGGUUGGGAGCGUGGGGAUGAGGGAGUGAAGGAAAGCAAGAGAUGAGGCCAGCAGCUGCAGAUCAGAGAUGUGAAGCUCCAGAUCCAGAGACAUCCGCAGAGCGAACAAACACGGGACCUUGGGGCAGCAGUCUAAUCCAAUAGCAGCGUAUCUAAGGGACAGCUCAAACAGGAAAGUUUUCAGCUAAAUCUGAAAGUAGAGAGGGUGUCCGCCUCCUGAACCCAAACUGGGAGCUGAUUGCACAACAAAGGAGCUGAUAACUGAAGGCUCUGCCUCCCAUUCUACUUGUGGAAGCUCUGGAACCACCAGUAAACCUGCAGUCUGAGAGGGAAGGGCUCUGUUAGGAUGAUAUGGAACAACAAGAUCUUUAAGAUGUGAUGGAGCUGCUCAUUAAGAGUUUUACAUGUGAAAAGAAGGAUUUUAAAUUCUAUCCUGGAUUUUACAGAGAGUCGAUAAAGAGACGCUAAUAUGGGAGAAAUCUUAUCUGUCUUACUGGUUCCUCUAAGAUUGCAGGUUGCAAGGUUGCACCAUUUGGCAUCAGCUGAAAGUUUUUAAGGGACUUAAUGGGACAUCCUGAUAAUAAGGAAUGACAAUAGUCCAGCCUAGAAGUUCGAAAUGCAUGGAUUAGUCUCUCAGCAUCACUCUGAGACCAGACGUUCCUGAUUUUUAAAAUAUUACGAAGGUGAAAGAAGGCCGUCCUACAGACUCAUUUUAUGUCUAUGUUGAAGGACAUAUCUUGAUCAAAAUAUCUCCAAGGUUUUUAACAGUAGCACUGAAGGCUAAGGCAGCGCCAUCUAGAGUAACUAUCUGGUUCGAAUGUGUGUUUCUGAGGUGUUUGGGGCCAAAUACAAGAACCUCAGUUUUGUCUGAAUUUAGAUGAAGAAUGUUCCAGGUCAUCCAGGAAAUUGCAAAUGGAAAUUUCUGCAAUGUUUCCUAAUAAUAUUGCCUAAAGGGGACAUGUACAGAGUAAAUAAUAUUGGUCCUAACACAGAACCAUGUGGAACUCCGUAACUAACUCUGGUUGAAGAAUCAUCAUUAACAUGAACAAACUGGAAUCUGUCUGAUAAAUAUGAUUUAAACCAGUUUAUUGCAGUUCUUUUAAUCCCAGUAACAUGUUCCAGUCGCUAUCAACUGUAUCAGACCCAGCACUGAGAUCCAGUAGAACCAGUGUAGAAACCAGUUCACUGUCUGAAGCUACUAGAAGAUCACUGGUGACCUUUACCAGAGCUGUUUCUGUACUAUGAUGGAUUCUAAAUCCUGACUGAAACUCUUCAAACUAUUUCUAUGUAGAUAAACACAAAAUUGGCAGCAACAACUAUUUCAAGAAUUUUAGAAAUAAAGGGAGGUUGGGUUUGGAUAUAUAACUGACUAAAACACCUGGAUCUAGUGUAGGCUUUCAGAGAAGUGACUUUAUUGAACAUUAAAGCCUUCAGCACGUAGCCUGUUAGUAAAGAGGAGUUGAUGAUAUUUAAUACUGCAGUGUUAAUUAAAGGAAGGACGUCCUUGAACAUUCUAGUGGGGACUAUGCCAGAUGUCAAAAUAAGACCAAUGUUGUGAUUAAAACUGAUUUGGUUUAUUAACAUUUUGAGAAAAACCAACUGAACCUGCAGCUUUGAGGCUUCAUUCUCAUCCACAUGGAGAUUAAAAUUACCCAUUAUGAGGACUUUAUCUGUACUAAGAAGUCUGAGAAUUCAGAUAAAAACUCAGAGUAGGGGGCAGGUGAUCGAUAUCCAACAACUAACACAACUGGUUUUUGAGACUAAGACUAAGGCUUUGAAAUGAAUUACAGCUAAAUUUGAGUCUUUGGUUGAUUAAUAAGUUUGAGUGGAAGAUGGGUGCCACUCCUCCUGCUCUGCCUGUACUUCUGGGUUUAUGGAAAUGACUGGGGGGAGUUGACUCAUUUAGACUUGACAUAUUCUUCAUGCUGCAGCCAGGUUUCAGUAAAUCAGUAUGAUGACCAGUAGAUGACAGAGAUCUAAUAUUUAAUAAUCCACCCUUAAUUCUGAUGAAGUCAUAUUAAUCUGAAAUAGGUUGUUCUGAACAGCCCUUCUGGGUGGUCGGUGGGCAGACACAGUCUCUAUGGGAUACUGGGAGGGUGAGAACCAUAAGGAAACAGGUAAGACUGCAGCUCUGCUUCCUGGUUUCACCUCUGGACUGUUGGCGAUUUGGGUUUCUAAUAAAUUUGGACACAUUCCUGGAAGUGAGAUGUCUGCCGUCUCUCCUAAUGAGACCAGGUUUAGCCCACAUUGCGACCAACAACAUGGAUGGCAGAAACCCUCUAACCUGUCGUCACUCCCCUUGAGUUUGCCGUCUUGAAAAUGCACAACACUGUCCAGCUAGCGGUCAGUAAUCAAGCAGUUUGUCGGCUCUGUUCAGGACUCGUGACAAUCUGAAAAGGACAACUGUGGACUUUGUGAUCCGUGUUGCCGUGUGAAUUGACUUUCCUUUUGAUGGAGGGAAACAGAAUGUGACGUUAGAGAACAAAAAAAGCUGAUUUCCCCUUUGUUCAAUACAUUUGUUGGUUUAUUCCUAAAUGAUGAUUUCAUGUUUGUACAGGAUGAUGUGGUUUAAAUGUGGAUUUUUUUUAAAGUGGCGUUCAUACUGAACUGCUGCAUGCACUACAACUUCAACAAGCCACUGUAGGCCACCGUGUUCGCUGUGGGAGAUCCUGAAGUAUAAAUGGAAACCAUGCUUUGGCCUUUUAUUACUGGACUCUUAAAGACAGGGCAGAAUUUUCUAGAAAAUGAAUUCCUCGAACAGUUUGCCUUGAAAAUUUGUGUUAUCAUUUUUUUAUUUCAUCUAUUUAAUUUGACAUUGUUUUAUAUGAAUUUAUAUGGAAAUAUAGUUAUUGAUAAAUGAAGAGUUUUUAAUAUUGACUCAAAAAGGGGUUGUGUGUACUGUUGUCACUUUUAGCAUCUGGAUGAAAAGAUUAAAUCAGCCUUUCUGACCGUUUCA